AUGAAGCUGGUGUGCGCGUUGGUUGGUGUGGAGGGAAACGCCUUCUCCGUGAAGAUCGAUGCGAGCGAGUUGGUGGAUGACUUGAAGGACGCUAUCAAGGCGAAGAAGGAGAACGAUCUCAAGGCGAUCGAUGCGGACAAGCUGCAGCUGUUCCUCGCCAAGAAGGGCGACGGUACGUGGUUGGAUCGAGAUGGCGCGGAAGUUGUGACGCUCGAUGAACAUGGACACCCGGAAGGCUUUACGCACAUGGAUCCGUUGUUGUGGAUCAAGAACCCGAAGAACUUUGGAGACAACUUUGAGCCAAACGAAGGGGAAAUCCACGUGUUGGUGGUGGUUCCGUCGCAUGACGUCGGUGGAAAGCGUGUUCGAGUAGAUGAAUGGUUCGUCGACGAAGCAUUUUCCGUCCAAAAGAAGAAACGAAAACUGGACGAGGACGAAACUGACCAAUUCACAAGGUAUUUCAAGAUGGCUGGGUUUCCACCGUUGGCACAUCCGAUGGAGAAGUACACGAAGAUUGUGGAAAGAGAUGCAUAUGCUGUGAUUUUUGCAGAGCUAAUGCGCAAGGUGAAGUUGUGCUUCGAAGCCAAAUCAGGCGCCAACAUGGUCGUGACGGGAAAUCCAGGCACAGGGAAGAGUCGUUUCUACCUCUAUUGCAUCUUUCAACUUCUAUUGGGACAUCAAGAGGAACUGGAGGAGCUGUCUUCAUUUGAUUUGGUGUUGAAUUUCGAUCAUUUUUAUCACAAGUACGAUGCUUCAACAAGCGAGUUUCUUGCGUUGAAUGAAGAGGAAGUUCGCACGCUGAGCCAGCAACAACGUGUCCUUCGGCUGAUCGAAGGAAGAUCAUCGCAACUCACUGGAUGGAAAGGAGUGUCGAUUCUAUUUGCUUCCCCGGGACUGGAUGGCAUGAACGAUUACGCAAAAGUCGACUCGUUCACGUAUAUCUUGCCAGUGUGGAGUUUGGAAGAGCUUCAAGAUUACAACUCACUGCUUGAUGAUGGUUUCAAACUAGCAGAAGACGUUUUGAUCUCGAGAUACGACAAGUUUGGUGGUAUUCCAAGAUUCAUUUUCACUGUUACGGAGCUUGAGAACGACGAAGAACUGACGAAGGCUAUCGCCACAUUCAGUGCGUUGGAUAUCAUUUCCUAUGCCAAGAACAAUCAUGCUGUGAGAGACGGAAACUACAGCCACCGCAUCCUCGAGAUGGUACCCGGCAGAGUGGAUUUUCGAGCGAAGUUCCAUCUGGAUUUUUUGUCCAAGUACAUCGCCGAAAGAAUCGUUGCCAAAGUGGAUGAAGACAGUCUACAACGAGUAUCAGAAUUCGCAAUUGCACACGCCAAUGAUGACUCAGGAAGUACAUCCGUCGUUCGAGGCAAGAUAUACGAGAUGCUCUGCCACAGAUGGUUCAAUCUACACAAACAAGGACGCGUACAGCUCCGUUCGCUGUGCUCGAAGGAGCGCGUGGAGUUGAUCGUUCCGGAAAGCAUGCCAAUGGUACGGUUCUCCACUCUCGACGAGAUUCGUGAAGUUCCUCGUUGCUUGACGUACUACCAGCCGACGUCAAGAACAUUCGGUGCGUUGGAUGCAUUCAUCUUGGAUGGCAAGAACACCAGAUGCUAUGGCUUGCAGAUGACCCUCAACCUGGAUCAUGGAAUCAAAGCUGCACCAUUGAGUAGCUUUUUGCUCUGGCUGAACGGUAUUGGCGUCCCCACGUAUCAGCUCUACUUUGGUUUCGUGGUUCCAAGCAACUUGGCGCCCCACUAUCGGAAACAAACGAUCAGAACCAAGACCAAUGAAGUUCACCAGAGACCAGGAACGUUGGCGAGUGUGAAGCAGUAUGUUAUUGCAUUAGACGUGUUUGUUGAGAACAUUUAA